AAGCCUGGGAGUCACUAGAUUCAUUUGUCAAGCGUCCGGAUCAGCAUUGUCAGCAGCCCCGCUGGGGUCGAAGUCUACAAUUUGCUCUCUGCGGUUGGCGAUUCAUGGCACACCCUGAUUUCCUUUAUGUUUCCAGCCUGGUUCAAGAUUACUUGAAACAUGUUGGGCGAGGACAAGCGGAGCUAGAAGGCCCGCCGAGCAAAGUUUCAGAAGUAUUGCGAAAAGUCGGUGCUGCGCUCCAGAAGGAGGUAGAAGGUCAGCUCCAGCUAUACCUGGACUCUCUGGAGAUCCAUUCGGUGGACAAGGCCAGCCAAAUAUUCAGCCAGGUGAUGGAAGAGGAAUUUGCCGACGGGGAAAUGAACUGGGGACGGAUUCUGACAAUAUUCGUGUUUGGGGGCAUUCUGGCUAAAAAGCUUCAAGGACAGGGUGUCCCUUUGGGAGAUAAGACCCUGGAACAGAUUUCUCAUUUCGUGACGGAUUAUAUCGUCAAAACGAAGACAGCAUGGAUCAGUGAAAACGGAGGAUGGGACAAUGGCUUUGUCACCAAGUUUGAGGAUAAGAGCCCCUGGCUGUCUUUGCGCAACGUGCAGGCAAAACUAAUCUCCGUAUUAUCCUUCUUCAGUCAGUAUUACUGACGAAUCCAUGCUUCCCCAAACAUGGGACGCAUCACGAGAUCUUACAUCACCGUGUCUUCCAGGAAAACUGCCCAGCUGAGUCAAAGACGGCACCGACUUUUGUAACAUUUCAGAUCUUAUUUAUGUUAUUUAUUUGUACAUAGUCUUGUCUCGUGUUAAAAACACUGCUGUCGUCGUAGCUGUAAGACACAGCUGGCACCAUACCACAUAAACACAGUUUCUAUCGGGUUUCCUAUGAAUUACAUAAUUAAAAAAAAAGAAUAUUCAUGAA